UUGUUGCUGUAUUUCAUAUGACACUUAACUGUUGCAAAUACAAAUUCCAGGUAAAUAGACCCUUCAAUUCAGAAACAGUCUCAUUCUCCAGUUUUAAGAAGAAAGGGAAGAAGGAGAUGCCUUAAAGACUCAGCAAGUGUGAAGCUGGCAAAUGUCAAAUGUUAAAAUAAGUUUAUAUUAAAUGGUAAAAUAUUUGCCUGGAAUGACUUUUCCAUUGUCCUGCUUGAGAAAUGCAGAGGGCUCUCCUUAUGACUUUUAUAUUUGCUUUACAAAGACAAAUGUAUCACCAUGCUCUGUAGUAACCGUAUGUUGACAUUUUUGUCAUAUCCACAGACGGAUGCAUGUCUGUGCAUGGUUUAUAGUAAGUGCACGUAAACAAAGAGAAAAUAAGUAGAAAAAGGGAGAGAUUUAUUAACUCCUCCCAGACACAGAUGAAAUUAGUUUUCAUUACUUUUUUUUUUUUUUUUUUUUUUUUUUCCAGCUUCAGCCAUCCCUCAGCGCGGGAGGAGGCUGUGUGCUGCGGACUGUGCUGGAAUGAGGAGUAAUCGGGCUUCAGCUGAGCCGGGGUAGCUUUCUCCUCCCGGUGUCAUUGUUGCAGCCUCCAGUGCCCAGUCCCUAGUUCCUGAGCGGCCACUCUUCCCGGUGCCACAUCGCCCAUCAAGACAGCAGAGCCGCCGCAGAAGUUGCCCGGCAGAAGCCUCCAGAGGCAUUGGCUCAGGAACUUUUCACGUCAUUUUCUGCUCGGGAGCCCCUUCUCGCCGCUCCGCGCAGCCUUUCCCACGGCACAUCCCCGGUGCUCAUGGGGCAGGCGGAGAGGAGCUGGCAGCACUGAGCCGAACCGGACUCGAGCCCGUGAUGUCCGGCACCGAACUGGAGGACUGCCCCCCUUGUCGCAACUGGUCAUCUGCCUCGGAGCUGAAUGGAACUCGAGAGUCCUUUUUAAACCCCAGCGACUAUGACGACGAGGAAUUCCUGCGGUACCUGUGGAGGGAAUACCUGCACCCGAAAGAGUAUGAGUGGGUCCUGAUCGCCGGGUACAUCAUCGUGUUCGUCGUGGCUCUCAUCGGGAACGUCCUGGUUUGUGUGGCAGUGUGGAAGAACCACCACAUGAGGACAGUAACCAACUACUUCAUAGUCAAUCUCUCUCUGGCUGAUGUGCUCGUGACCAUCACCUGCCUUCCAGCCACACUGGUCGUGGAUAUCACUGAGACCUGGUUUUUUGGACAGUCCCUUUGCAAAGUGAUUCCUUAUCUACAGACUGUGUCGGUGUCUGUGUCUGUCCUCACACUGAGCUGUAUCGCCUUGGAUCGGUGGUAUGCAAUCUGUCACCCUUUGAUGUUUAAGAGCACAGCAAAGCGGGCACGUAACAGCAUAGUCAUCAUCUGGGUUGUAUCCUGCAUUAUAAUGAUUCCUCAGGCCGUCGUCAUGGAGUGCAGCACCAUGCUCCCAGGCUUAGCCAAUAAAACCACCCUCUUUACAGUGUGUGAUGAGCGCUGGGGUGGUGAAAUUUAUCCCAAGAUGUACCAUGUCUGUUUUUUUCUGGUGACAUACAUGGCACCACUGUGUCUUAUGGUGUUGGCUUAUCUGCAAAUAUUUCGUAAACUCUGGUGUCGACAGAUCCCUGGAACAUCAUCUGUAGUUCAGAGAAAAUGGAAGCCCCUGCAGCCUGUUUCGCAGUGUCGAGGGCCAGGACAGCCGACCAAGUCCCGGAUAAGUGCUGUGGCCGCUGAAAUAAAACAGAUCCGAGCCAGAAGGAAAACAGCUCGGAUGUUGAUGGUUGUGCUUUUGGUAUUUGCAAUUUGCUAUCUACCAAUUAGCAUCCUCAAUAUGCUAAAGAGAGUAUUUGGGAUGUUUACCCAUACCGAAGACAGAGAGACUGUGUAUGCCUGGUUUACCUUUUCACACUGGCUUGUGUAUGCCAAUAGUGCUGCGAAUCCAAUUAUUUAUAAUUUUCUCAGCGGAAAAUUUCGAGAGGAAUUUAAAGCUGCGUUUUCUUGCUGUUGCCUUGGAGUUCACCAUCGCCAGGAGGAUCAGCUCACCAGGGCAAGAACCAGUACGGAGAGCCGGAAGUCCUUGACCACUCAGAUCAGCAACUUUGAUAACAUAUCAAAACUUUCUGAGCAAGUUGUGCUCACUAACAUAAGCACACUCCCAGCAGCCAAUGGAGCAGGACCACUUCAAAACUGGUAGAAUAUUUAUUUAUACGACAAGGAUACUUGAGUAAAACUAUCCUUUUUAAAAUCACUGGGAACAGAAAUUUUAUUAUCCUAUUGAUGUGAAGCUAAAGUUACUUGCGAAUUCUUUUUUUUUUUUAAUCUGUUGCUCUUUUGAGAUUAGAAAAAAGUCAGUGUAAAAUGA